CGUAUUGAGCCUCUCGGGCAGUGACAGGUUCGGAGACAGAAAGAAGCUCGUGCUGUUCCCGAGCACAAAAAAAUCCAACACAAACUGUUUGGAUAAAAAAUAUAGAGAGAGAGAUAAAUAUUCCAUCUUGAAGUGUUCAUUACUCGGUGUUUGUCGUCAUUCAGUGUUUAAAACACAACCGGAAGUGAAUCUAAAGCGCUGUUUGUUUGCGGAGGCUCCUGAUUUCAGGCAGCAGCUGCUGAAGCUGAAUAUUCACUCCUCCAGCACACGAUCAGCACGCCAGUGACGUGCGUCUGAGCCUCUGUGAUGGAGGCCAUCGCCAAGUACGACUUCAAUGCCACUGCAGAUGAUGAGCUGAGCUUCAAACGCGGAGAGAUACUGAAGGUGUUAAAUGAAGAAUGCGAUCAGAACUGGUAUAAAGCCGAGCUAUACGGGAAAGAAGGCUUUAUCCCCAAAAACUACAUCGAGAUGAAGCCACACCCGUGGUUUUAUGGGAAGAUUCCGCGGGCGAAGGCGGAGGAGAUGCUGAACAAACAGAGACACGAUGGAGCUUUUCUUAUCCGAGAGAGCGAGAGUGCACCGGGAGAUUUCUCUCUCUCCGUCAAGUUCGGGAACGACGUGCAGCACUUUAAGGUUCUGAGGGACGGGGCGGGGAAGUACUUCCUGUGGGUGGUGAAGUUUAACUCUCUGAACUCUCUGGUGGAUUAUCACCGUUCCACAUCCGUCUCCCGAAACCAGCCCAUCUUCCUGCGUGACAUCGAACAGGUGCCACAGCACGCAUCCUACGUGCAGGCUCUGUUCGAUUUCGACCCUCAGGAGGACGGCGAGCUCGGGUUCCGACGCGGAGAUCUCGUGCAGGUCCUGGACAACUCUGACCCGAACUGGUGGAAGGGGGCGUGUCACGGGCAGACCGGAAUGUUCCCUCGGAACUACGUCACUCCCGUCACACAGCACAUGUAAACACGUGUACGUGUAAUGACAAUAACAAUAAUCAUUUUUUUAAAAAUCACACACAAACACACAAACAGUCGGAGCAGCGGAAAUGCAGGCGUGUGAGGAAAGCAAAUCAGGACUUUCUACUGGAUCACCAUGGAAACAGAGUACCUCAGCAGAAUUCUGCUGUGUGAUUGGUUGGAAGGGAAUUGCUGCAACUUUCUGCUACACUACACACUCUGCACUAAACCUAAGAAAAGAAAUACACAAAAAAAGGACGUGACGCGAGCAGUGAUUUUGCUCACAACUCCGAAUAGUGUGUGUGUGUGUGCGCGCGCGAGUGUGUUUCUCCUGUAUACUCACUAAUAACAUCAUUUUUAAUGACCGUCUCAUCAGCAUGCGUCACUUCCUACAUCCAUCUCUCUGAUGAUGUCACUGCCAUUGAACAGGUGAGUCAGGCCACGCCCACUCAUUAUUAUUACUCCAUCACAUCACCUGCUGUCAGUGUGGACGUGUCCCAAACCACACACCCUUCUUCACUACAACACAUCACAUACAGCUGUUUUAAUGCCACCACAUCAUGACUAAUCACUCCUUCGUGGUUCGGGAUCAGCAGACGUGUGAUGUGUUCGUCUCUUUAUCAUUCUGUCAGAAAAGAAAAAAUGAUCUCAGAUGAUGUCACGAGGCCAAUGAUGUCGUAAUGUUUACUGUACAAAUCCUGGCUGAUGAUCUUGAAGGUACCAUCUGACUUGAGAUUUUAGUAGUUUAAUAUUUUGUUUUGUAUCAAAGUGAAAUAUUUAUAGCUCAGAUACGGAAGGUUUUUUUUUUUUUUGCACUGUCAUAUAGUGGAACAGCAGUAUUAAAAUACAAUAUACUUUUAUUGACUCAAAUAAAAAAAAGGAAAGAAAAAAUAGUAAAAAGACUUCACAAUAAAAUUUUUUUUACUUCUUU